AUGUUAAACGACUCAUCCAAAUUGGAGCAACCCAGCGCUGAUACCCUCAACAAAACUCCAGAUGGAUACUUUCAAUGUGGGUUCUGCAAACGCCAUUACAACCGAGCAGACCAUCUCAUCCGACACGUCCGCUCCCAUACUCGAGAAAAGCCUUAUGUCUGUGAAGUUUGUGACAAGGGAUUUGCGCGGCCGGAUCUGUUGAAGCGCCACGCAGCGGGCCAUGCCCAUGACCGCGACCGAAAGCGAAAGCGAAAUUCGUCAGUUUCCAAGCAAAGCAGAGUAUCUCAGGCAUGUAAAGCUUGUGCCUCUUCGAAAUUGAAAUGCGACGAAGACAAGCCUUGCCGGCGAUGUCGUGAGCGGCAUAUAGCUUGCGAUUGGCAGGAUCUUCUGCCACAAGCAUCCCCCGAACCACACCAGGACGAUUUUUUGGAGACCCCAGGAAGGGAAAAUCUGCCUUCCAAGCAGAUCAUCUCGCCCACGGUCGUACUUUCGACCAUGUCAUCUCCGUUGGAAUUUCCGUCUGCGAGCGCCUUGAUGACACCUGGUACUACUCUGCAAGACCCAAAUCCAUCUGAAGUGGAAGACAUGUGUAGCCAGCCGAAUUCCAUUGAUAACGGAGUCUCACCGAAUGAUCAUGAAAGCGGGAUCUUCAGUAUUGACGGCACUUUCUUCCCGAACUUCAUCCCGGAUUCUCUCAUCCCUUCACUGGCACGAUACAGCGACUCCGACUUGCCCGGAACAGUGUCUGACUAUGUUCAAUAUGGCGCUCUUGAUAAUUUCCACUUUGACCUUACUCUUACAGACGGUGACUUCAGUCUCAUCGAUUCUUAUAACUCCCAAGCCGUGUUCCCAAGUGUGCCAGACAGCCACAUGGACUAUCGCUACGGAAUAGAUAGCGGCGUUGGUAUUGGCGCAGCAGCCUAUCACAGAUCCUCACUUUCUGCGUACCAGCCCGCACGCGAGGACCAUGCAUUUGAUGACCACGAAAAUUUGUCGGUGCCUGAAGUGAUCAAUAGUCCUCAAAAUAACCUCUCCUUCAGAGACACAGCCAUUUGUGAGAGGCUGUCACCCAGCAGCCGCGAUUUAAUCUUGAGUUUAAUAUUGGAAGUCAGCCGAGAGGCCACAUUGAGCCGAAUCAUGAAGUCCUUCCCUGGCACGGAACUACUGGACAGCCUAGUCCAGCAAUACUUCGAGUAUCAAAUUAACACCGUUGAGAGCUUCAUCCACACACCGACUUUUCGAACGAAUAGCGAAGACCCUGGUGCUCUUGCUGUUAUAGCUGCUGCGGGUGCUGUGCGUUCUUCUAACCCUACCAUCCGGAAAUUGGGAUAUGCAUUAAACGAGGGGGUGCGGAUGCAUUUACCCACAAAGUACGAGAGAGACAAUACGUUCAUUCGUGAUCUGCAAACCUCUCAAACUUACGCCCUGACUAUCGACAUUGGUAUUUGGAGUGGCAAUCGAAGAAAGACUGAGAUAGCCGAAAGCUUCUCACAGCCAUUGAUCACGAUGCUUCGUCGCGCCUUACGAUUUCGACGGUCGAUCUAUUCGAACAUCAUCCCACUUGCUGAGGAUGUGGGCCAUGAUUUGGAACUCAAGUGGCGUACUUGGGUUGACCAAGAGUCAUUCAAGAGGCUCGUGUACUAUAUAUUCCUACAUGACGCACAAACGGCCAUGGCUUUGAACGUCAACCCUGUCAUAUCGUAUGCAGAUAUGGAGCUCCCACUUCCCGCACCACGUCAUCUCUGGGAUGCGAAGUCUGCAAAGGAAUGGAAGUCCAUUUUCCGCUCAACUGUCACGGCUGCUGAGCGCCUACCUUCACUGGCUGACUUACUUCGGGACAUGUCACAAUUGACAAUAUUCCAAGAUUACAUUGAUACCCAGUUCGCUGCUUCCAUCCUAGUGCAUGGUUUAUCGGCAUUGGUGAAUGAAUAUCACCGGCUGAAAUUCAUUUCCACGAGUGGUUCGAAACACUGGCAUGCGCUUGUGACUAAUUCCCGCCAGCAGGAGCUUGACCAGGCUCUUCAGCACUUCCGAAUGGUUUGUUCAGAAUUAAAGUCCAAGUGUAGCCCUGAGACAAUUAUGAUCGGCGAAGUCGUGUCGAUGCUUCUUUACAUGUCUCUCGAAGAGCUCCAAUUGUUUGCCGGCAAAGAGGACAAACAGGAAGCUAGACGAGUCUACGACUCGGCAUUGGAAUGGAUUGCCAGUUCUGAUUCCAGGCAGGCUGUAUGCCAUGCUGGUCAAAUCAUCCGCGCCGCUCGAAGUAUGCCAGCGAGCUCUCUGGUAGGGUUCUUAGCCAUUGGGGUAUACUAUGCCAGUCUGGCAUUCUGGUCAUAUGGUGUCGUCUCCAGUGCUAACGCAGCAAGAGUCAUUAGGGGCCUGGAGGCACAGCCUCCAGGCAAUGGAACAGUAGUGCUUCUUGAUGGGGAGAAAGGAGUUGAGGUUUUGAAGUUCGUCACCCUGAAUUCCGGUCUCCCAGCCUUGCAUGGCCCAGAAGGACCGGUCUAUUUACACGAUCCCGCCGCCAUAAUGAGGCUAGCACAAGCAACCUUCCACGCGGAGACGUUGGAGACCAGACCAGCUUUGGUGCAGAUGCUUUCUCAGUUAAUGGGAGAUCUUGGAAAUUGCGUCCAUGGAGGCGAAUAA